AUAGCCGCACGGUGCGCUGUCGCGUGCCGAAUCGCUUGUGCCGUCGUGCGGUUUCGUCUCAUCUCCCUUUUUCGCCGCACGCCUUGGCCCUUUUCCAGUAGAAGAAGCGUCGAAGGGGACGCGCACAUGCGCCGGCGUGGCAGAGACUGACCCGGCCCCAAGGCCGAUCAGGGGAAGGGCGGCCGCCCCUGCCUCCCGGGGCCAGGGGGCUGAGCUCCCCGCCUCGUCUCGGCCUGGCCUGGUUCGCCCUCGCUCCGACGCGUGGUGGACGCAACCAGUGCGCGACGCCCCCGGCUCCUGGUCCGUUCCGCAGUUCCGCACCCCGCUUCGACCAACCAAUCGCCGCCGCGUCGCGUCGCGUCGCCUCCUUUUUUUUCCCCGCCCUCCCGGACGGCGGCCUCGUUCGCCAGAAGAAACCCAGGCUGCAGCCGAAAUCCUCAAGUCUCCGUCGUCUGACCCCACCUCGACGGCCCAGAUCCACUCGCCCUCGCCGCCCUCGUGCCCCUCAGUCCCUCACUCCCUCGCCUCCUCAGCGGCGAAGACAGCUGCGAACGGGGCCAUUUUUAGGCGGGAGCGCGGGCGGCGGUGCUAGCAGAUUGGUUGGUUUGAGUGGUUGGGCCGGCUCUUCGAAACGCCCCGCGGCGGCGAUGGGAUGCUUCCAUUCCACGGCCAAGCGGCAGCAUCCUGGCUACGAGGACCCCGUGGACCUCGCCUCCCAGACCUCCUUGUUAGUGAGGUUGAGGCUCUAUUCGAGCUGUUCAAGAGCAUAAGUGGUUCAGUGAUUGACGAUGGCCUGAUCAACAAGGAAGAAUUCCAGUUAGCAUUAUUUAAGAAUCAGAGGAAAGAAAAUCUUUUCGCUAAUCGGAUAUUUGACCUUUUCGAUGUCAAGAAAAGGGGUGCCAUUGAUUUUGGUGACUUUGUCCGAGCUCUAAAUGUGUUUCAUCCAAAUAUCCCAAUGGAUGAAAAAAUUGAUUUCUCGUUCAAGCUAUAUGAUAUGGAUAGCACAGGGUUUAUUGAACGGAAGGAGGUUAAGCAGAUGUUAAUUGCUCUUCUAGGAGAAUCAGAAAUGAGGCUAUCUGAUGAUAUCAUUGAGACAAUCCUGGAUAAGACAUUCUCUGAUGCUGAUGCAAAUCAGGAUGGGAAAAUAGAUAGAACAGAGUGGGAGAAUUUUGUCACAAGAAAUCCUUCCUUGAUGAAGAUAAUGACUCUGCCAUACCUCAAGGACAUCACAACAACAUUCCCCAGCUUUGUGUUUAACUCUGAAGUCGAUGAUCUCGUCACGUGACCACGAUUUUCUCUCCGAUGUAUAGUUAACAAGGAGAACCUGUCGAGGGUUACGACUGGAGAUUUCUAGCCUCUGGCAUUAUGAAUGGAGGGUAUAUUCAUGCGGCUACCAGGAAGGGUGCGUCAAAAUUGUCUGCCACAGAUGUACUUGACGAGCUGUAGUUUUUACUCGGUGAUAAUGUUGAUGCUUUUGUGUUGGUGAUGAUUGGGACUUGAGUUAGUAUGCUGAGAUGAACAUUUUUCAUUUUUACCAGUGGGAAGUCUCUAUUUUGUUUGUGAAACUGCGACGUGCGUGUCUGUACUGAUCAAAUAUGAUUCUUGUCAAAGUAGUACUGCAUUCUACUAUUUUAGCGUAAAAUAAACCUCGAAGUCCCAAAACUUGCAUCA